AAGCGUCUUUCUCGAUUUUCAGCUCUCCUCACUUCUCUGCCGUGACCGCACCUUUUAAGUUUUAACGCAGUACGGCGCCACUUUCACCAGACUCCGCUGUUUGUGUUUGAAGGCAAUGAGCGAAAGCAUUCAAUGGAAUCUAUUGAACCAGCUGGAGUAUAUAUUAGAAUCCGAUCCAUUGAUUGAUGAAGUUGGGUUUAUCCAUCCAUCUCAAUUUGAUGUACUGAAUGAAGAAAUUGGGAGUACUUCCUUGUCUGCUGAAUCCAUAUCUCAAUCAGCAGACAAAGCUAAUAUAUAUGGUAAGGUUUUUUGGAGCAGGGACCAUAAGUUGGGCAUCUCAACUGCAGCUCUCCUUCCAUUGUACAAAGCAGCUAAACAUGCAUUCAUGGAUUCACUGAGACAGUAUAAGAUGCAUACUGGUCUGACCGAAGUUAGAGAUGAAUGUGAUGAGGUCAAUGUGCCCAAAUGCCCCUCAUCUUCUCUUACUGUUCUUGAAAAAGAAGUGAUGAAACAUAGCAAAGCAAUUUUGCUCCUAAGCUGUGAUUUUGGUACUGCAUGGAAUUUUAGGAAGAAACUCGUUUCAGAGCAGCAAGAGUACUCAAUGUUCAUGGGAGAACUAGUUUUGUCAGAUCUGGUUCUCUCAUAUUCACCUAAAAGUGAACGAGCAUGGAGUCACAGGAGGUGGGUGAUCAAGAUGAUUGCCGGAAAGUGUUCAAAUCUCCAAGAGAUAGUGGACAGAGAAUCUGAGUUUGUGAAAAAACUAGCUGAGAGAUCAAAAAUGAACUACCGUGCAUGGAAUCAUCGUUGCUGGUUAGUAUCCUAUAUGCCAGUAGGACAAAUGUUCGAUGAGUUGAACAAGUCACGAGAGUGGGCUGUACUUAAUGUUGCUGAUAAUUCCUGCUUUCAUUAUCGUGCUAGGUUAAUGCUCAGUAUUUUAGAAGCUUUCCUCAACAAAGAUGAAAAUGGAUUUUCUGGUGAAGAACUUGAUGAGAUGUGGAAGGAUGAGCUUAACUGGAUUGAGAAGUUAAUAAAGCUUUAUGUGGGUAGAGAGGCUUUGUGGCUUCACCGUCGCUUCCUUUCAUCAUGUUGGAUAAAACAUUUUGCUAGUACUAAUUGCCGUAAACCCCAGCAUUCUAGUAAGAAAAGUAGCAGCACAUGCGACAUUGACCGGUUCAUAGAUAAUGAAUUACAGCUAUUCAAUUCCUGUGCAACAAUACUUGAUAGUCACUUCGAUGACUAUCAAGCUCAGGCAACUUAUGCUGCUACUUAUAUUAUGUGGCUUAAGAAGCAAAUUCAAGUGGAGUCACUGGGGAUUGAGUUUCAAAGGAAGCUACAAGUAAGUGGACUGAAGACGUUGCUGAAUAACGCAUGCCCGGAGAAGGCUUUUCUUUGGGACUCUUUGCUUCAGCUGUGUGGAUCUGAAUAGCUUUCAACUAGAAGAAAUCACAAAAGCAUAACAGGUUUUUUUUUUUUAAUCCUACUAAUUAAUGAGAAGUGUUGUAUGACUUGAGAUGUUCAGAUUGAACUGCUGCUCCCAUUAGGCUAUUAGUCAGUCAUUCCCAAAUCUUAGGUUGUGUUUGGUGCACUUGAAAAGCAGACACAUAAAUGGAGCAAGGGAACAGAUAUUUAUUUAAUCUUACUGCUUUGACUCGUGCCUUACCGCUUUGUAAAAGUUCACUACCAAUAGGUGAUCGGUUUUAUAGUGAAAAGCACCAGAUUAUUAUGAAGAUAAAAGAAAACUCAGAAA